AAAAAAUGACAUUUUAUUUGUGUGCAUGAAUCCAAGCUGCACACAGAGGUCAGAGGACAGCCGGUGGGAGUCAAGUUCGUUCUUUCUGCUACGGGGUCCCAGCAAUUUAACUCAGGUCCUCAGCCUUGAAGGCAAAUGCCUUCAACCAUUGAGCCAUCUUCUGGCCAUUAGCUUCUAAUACUACAGGUAGACAGAGAGCCGAGGCUAAGGGAAAGGGACGCUCACACCAGGAAGUAUUAGCAUCUUGCUUUUUUUUAUUGCUGUGAUGAGACCCUGGCCAAGGCAGCUUACCGAAGAAAGGGUCAAUUGGGGAGUUAGUGUUCGGAGGGUGAGUCGGCGACCAUCAAGACCAUCGUGGUGGGGAGACCAUCACGGUAGGCAGCGGCAAGCAUGGGGCUAGAGCAGUAGCUGAGGGCUUACAUCUGAUCCAAAAGCUUGAGGCAGGGAGAUAACUGGGAAUAGCAUUGGCUCUUGAAGCCUCAGAGCCCACACACAUGGCAGAUAUCCUCCCAGAAGACCACACCUCCUAAUCCCACACAAACAGUUCUACCAACUGGGACCAACCAUGUAGUUAUAUGGAGGUCAUCCUCAUCCAAACCACUGCAGUUAGGUUCUGCUUUAACUGGAGAUGUGCUGAGCAUCCACAGCUCAGAAAGCCCUGGAUGGUUCUGUAGAACAGUUGCCGUUUUACGGUUCUCAGUGCCGGCUUGACAGAAAGCCAUGUCCCCAGUGUACACAAUUUCUGUGAAGGAGGCGUUGAGCAGAAAGUGGGCAUUAGCUAAAGGGUAUGGGGAAGCUCACAUGGGUAGCUGUAGAACAUCACAUAAAUCCAGCAUACAUGCAGGGGAGUACCACAGCGUCCCUGUUUUGAUUUGCUCUCCAGGUCCUUUGACCAUGAGCAGUUUGGGGCACAGGGGCCUGCAUGGAAAAUGGUUUGUCCCAGUAUUUUAGCAGUUUCCCUUUUUCUCUUGAUCCUGUAGUGGCCACGCCUUCUUUAUACUUGAAAAAGAAGCACUAAAUGCAGAGGGAGCUCAGUGGCCUCCCAAGGUCAUAGUGAGCGGCAGAUCUGCAGGCGUGUGACUAACAGUGUCCCUAGGCCAGGCUAAGGGCUAGAGAGAAGGCUGUAGCCAGUCUAGACCAAAAGAGAAGCUGAACAGGGAUGGAACAGGGGACCCAUCUGACUAAGGUCAGAGUGCAGGGGCCUUAGGGACAGCAGCUUCCCACCCCUAACUUACUGGGUGCUACAGGAGGAAGAUUUGCCUGUGAAGGCUUCAUUGCCUUUUCCUGACUCCUUCUCAGGGGAAGGCGAGCACUUAGUUCCCAUUGUUAGGAGAGCAAUCAGGAGAGAUUUUGUGGGCACUGAUGAGUCCCCAGCAGGGGCUGCCUCUGCUUAAAAUGGAUGACAAGCAUAAACCGGCUUGCUAGUGUCCUGCUGCCAGGAGCACCUAGGCACAGCCCUGAGUUCCUGCAGCUGGUGCAGCCGAGGAAGCCCCCCUGACAGCAUGUUUGUUUUGCAGGAAAUGCCGCUUGGGCGAUGGCCACGUCCAAACCUGAUAUUUUGAUUAUACUUUUACAGAAAUUGAUGGAGGAAGGGAAUGUGAUGUACAAGAAAGGGAAGAUGAAGGAGGCGGCCCAGAGGUACCAGUACGCCUUAAGGAAGUUUCCUCGGGAAGGAUUUGGGGAAGACAUGAGGCCCUUCAAUGAUCUCAGAGUCUCCCUCUAUCUCAAUCUGUCUCGAUGCCGGAGGAAAACAAAUGACUUUGGCUUGGCAGAAGAAUUUGCUUCAAAGGCUCUGGAACUGAAACCCAAGUCCUAUGAAGCCUUUUAUGCCCGGGCAAGAGCCAAAAGGAAUAGCAGGUACUCUCUGGGGUCACGUGACUUUGUGAGCCUUUUCGUUCUGGGAGGUUGAGCCUGCUAGAUGAGUUUGCGGGUAUUUUCCUUCAUCAGGGUUGUUACUCAGACAGCUUCCAGAGUAGAAGCUACUAGAGACCAGUAGCUUCCAAGAGGCAUGGUAACGGCUGUUACUCUAGUGGUCAGCCUUUGACUUUCUUCACAUUCCCCUCCGUACCCCAGCACAGAACACCUGCCGAGUUCUUGUUUCAGUGAGACUGGCAAUUAGGGGUGGCAGGGGAGCAGAAGAGGGUUAUGUCUGAUCUCUGAGUUAGAAGGGGGCAUGAUAAAGGCCAAAGAAGAUACUGUGAGCCUGACUUUGGCACCCUCUGUCUGUGGAUCUGUAUGGAUAGACCAGGGUCACUGAGUCACAGUGCCCUGAUGGAUAGACCAGGGUCACUGAGUCACAGUGCCCUGAUGGAUAGACCAGGGUCACUGAGUCACAGUGCCC